UUUAAAUGAGAAAAACAUGAUUCGAGAUUCUUUUGCAAUUAGAUUUGUUUAUGGAUUGGACCAUACCACGGAAGAGAAAAAACAAAUGGCACUGAAAUGGGAACAGAUGUGCUUACAAACAUUAUCAGAUACUCAUUUGAACAAUAUUAAAAUAUCUAAAAUGUUCAGUCAUUCUGUUAAUAAUGAAAUUAACCGGAUUGGUGAAAGUGGAUUGCCUCUUAUUUUGAUUAUUGCUCCAAUUAUGCUGGUAUUUUCAGCAGUCUCUUGCUUGUCAAAGGAUUCACUCAGUAGCAAACCGUGGUUGGGUAUUGCCGGUUGCGUAUCGCCAUUCUUAGCAACUGUCGCAGCAUUUGGUCUACUGUGUUACUGCAGAAUAGAUUACGCAUCAAUUAAUGUAAUAAUCUUCUUUCUGAUUUCAGGUAUUGGUGUGGACGAUGCAUUUAUAUUGAUAGCAGCGUGGAGAAGAACUGACGUUAACGCUUCUGUACCCGACAGAAUGAAAGACGCUUAUGCCGAAGCUGCAGUGUCUAUCACGAUUACCUCUCUGACCAACUUUCUUGCAUUCUGCGUUGGAUUUGUAACACCAUACAAAUGUAUCCAAAUAAUGUGUACAUAUUCAGUUCUAGCAAUAGUCUUUGACUAUAUUUAUCAGUUAUUGUUUUUCGGAGGACUAAUGGCUCUCGAUGGAUACAGAGAGAAGAAUAAGCUGCAUUCCGCUUUUUGCUGGCCGAUCAAUCGCACUCAUCUAAAACUUAAAAACCGACUACAAGUGAUAUCAAAACAGAAUAACAAAGAAAAUGUUUUCAUGGUAUUCUUCAGUAAUGUUUUAGGCGAAAUUCUUGGAAAAUCAAUUAGCAAACUUAUUGUAAUCAUCUUGUUUAUAAUUUAUGUAGCUGUUGCAGUAUACUGUAUGAAAUUCAUUCGAGAAGGAGAUGAUUUUAGUAAACUCUAUCCUUACUCUUCUUACGCAACUGAAUAUCUAAGCCUAGAAUAUAAAUAUUUUUUUAAUUAUAGUCAUCAAGUGCAAAUAGUCAUUAACCAGACAUUAGACUAUUCCAAUGUCACUGUUCAAGAUGGCAUAGAAGAUCUCCUGCAAAGUUUCGAGUCUGCUUCAUUUAUAUCGGAUUCGUCGACCACAGAAAGUUGGCUGAGAGAAUUUCUGGCAUUUACUAAAUCUCCAGUCGCGAAGUUUUCGCUUUCUGGUUACAAUCUGAAUGAUUCCGAAGACUUUUUGAAUGCAUUUCAAGAUAUUUUCUUAAAAGUUAAAGUGGCAAACAGGUUUAAAAAUGAUGUUGUCUUCAACGAAGAAGGUGAUAAAAUUACUGCAUCCAGAUUUCUCGUUUCAAGUUUGGAUGAGGAAUCUCGAAUUGACGAAAAAUAUUUCUUUGAAAAUGUAAGAAAAAUUGCCUCCAACAGCAAAUUUGAAAUUAUUGCAUACAAUUUUAGAUUUAUCUAUUAUGAAUUGUAUAUUAAUAUUCUUUCAAACUGUAUAAAAGCUGUCUGUUCUGCGGCCGCGGUAGUAAUUGUAGUGUUUCUUUUAUUCACUACGAACGUAUUGUUUCUUUUGUCUGUUGCCAUCACUAUUGCGUCUGUUCAGAUUGGAUUGAUUGGAUACAUAUCUUUAUGGAACGCAACUGUGAAUACUACUACUUUAUUAACGUUAGUGAUGAGUACGGGAUUUUGUGUAGAUUAUACAGUUCAUAUGGCUUUCGCAUUUGUCAGUUGCGGAAAGAAAACACCGAACGAGAAAAUCAAGAAUUGUUUAUAUGCUGCUGGGUAUCCAGUAACACAAGCUUGUAUAUCUACUUUAUUGAGUGUUUCAGUGUUAUCAUUUGGUCCAUCAGAAUCGUUCGUUGUAGUUUUUAAAAUUAUAACAUUAAUGGUUAUAUUCGCUUCGUUUCAUAGUCUUGUUAUACUGCCAGUAAUACUCAGUCUUUUGGAUCUUAUCCCUUCUUGUUUAAAAAAUUUUACACAAAAGAGUGAAUACACAGGAAAUUAGCUAACUGAAAUUGAAGGUUCAAAU